AUGACACCUAGUCCGGCAGAGAUGCAACAGCUGGCUCGCGCUAAAAAUGCGCAAGCGCUGAACAGAAGUAAAGGAAAGCAACGCGCCAACAAUCAGCCGAAACAAGCAGCGGCACCACAGUAUACCGAGAUUGAGCCACAGCCCGAGGUGGCGCAAGCAGCAAUACCGCUAUGGCAGACGCAUGUCCCAGGAUAUCUGGAUGACAUGCCUAAUGAAGCGUCUGAGAUGGUAUCGACUGAGAUCAGGUCAGGCAGGAUCGCUGACAAUUUGACCUCAAGUGUAUUGCAGAAGUACCCAAGCACUUUACCAGUCAGGCAGUAUGGAUAUGAGGGAGUCAGUGGUCGACACAACAGUGCAGAUGGAAAUUGGGAUGAUGUAUCAGACUGCAGCUUUGCUUAUUCACAUGAGAGUUCGGCGUAUGGUGGAGGAACGAGCGAUUUUGGUUGA